AGACUCUGUUGCAUGAGAUUGAGCUUGGAUAUGCGGAUGCACAAGAUAUAGAAUACUUUCGAAGGUUCUCUGCUGGCUCUUUUUUCUUUAAUAGCGAAUAAUACCGAAAAAACAUAAAAAUGUUGGAAGGUCCAAAAUUUACGGGGAUGAUAGACCUGAAUGUCAACCACGAUAACUAUGACUUCUCCCAAAACUUCUACCGAAAGCUCAACGAGGGCUCAAACAUGUCGGUCGACAGUUACGGCAGCCUGCAGAUGAGCAAUGGUGGUGGCUCCGUGGCCAUGUCUGUGGACAACAGUAGCGUGGGCUCCAAUGGCUCAAACACCCGAAUCCUCGGCCACCAGGGCCUUAAGCGGGUCAGGGAUUAUUCAGUGGCCGCUAGCAACAAUAACCACGGACGGGCCUCCCAGCUGAGUGAUGAUGCCCUUGCUCGGGCUUUGAUGGACCCUCGAUUCCCAACUGAAGGCCUCGGAAAUUAUGAUGAUUGGACAAUUGACCUGCGAAAGCUAAACAUGGGGCCCGCUUUCGCUCAGGGUGCUUUCGGGAAACUAUAUAAAGGCACUUACAAUGGCGAGGAUGUCGCGAUCAAGCUUUUGGAGAAGCCCGAGAAUGAUAUCGAGCGGGCCCAGCUGAUGGAGCAGCAGUUUCAGCAGGAGGUGAUGAUGCUGGCUAAUCUGAGGCAUCCGAACAUCGUCCGGUUUAUUGGCGCAUGCCGUAAACCGAUGGUUUGGUGCAUCGUUACUGAGUAUGCGAAGGGAGGUUCGGUUCGCCAGUUCUUGACGAAAAGGCAGAACCGUUCUGUGCCGCUGAAGCUGGCGGUUAAGCAGGCCUUGGAUGUUGCCCGGGGUAUGGAGUACGUGCACGGUUUGAAUCUGAUUCACAGAGAUUUGAAGUCGGACAAUCUUUUAAUAGCUGCAGACAAGUCGAUUAAGAUUGCGGAUUUUGGGGUUGCUCGUAUUGAGGUGCAGACUGAGGGUAUGACGCCGGAGACAGGCACUUACCGGUGGAUGGCCCCGGAGAUGAUCCAGCACAGGCCAUACACCCAGAAAGUCGAUGUGUACAGUUUUGGGAUUGUGCUGUGGGAACUCAUCACAGGUAUGCUCCCGUUUCAGAACAUGACAGCUGUCCAGGCUGCGUUUGCCGUGGUCAACAAGGGGAUUUUUCUUUCUCUCGUGUUCCUUCAUCUUCCCUUACCCACCCCAUAUCUCUUCACCUUGAUA